UUGUGUCAUCAAAACUACGGAGAACUGAGGAAUAAGAAACAAAUAGAAAUUGCAGUAGCUUAAUUUUCGCGAAGGGUUACAAUAAAUUGAACUUAAUUGUAUAAAAUGGAGCCUUUGGUAGUCAACCAGCCUGUUGUCAUUGAUAAUGGUUCUGGUGUGAUAAAAGCUGGUUUUGCCGGUGAGCACAUUCCUAAGUGCCGGUUUCCCAACUACAUUGGACGCCCUAAGCAUGUUCGUGUAAUGGCCGGAGCUCUCGAGGGCGAUAUUUUUGUCGGCCCCAAAGCGGAAGAGCAUCGUGGCCUGCUCAGUAUACGCUACCCCAUGGAACACGGUAUUGUUACUGAUUGGAAUGACAUGGAACGCAUUUGGAGUUAUAUUUAUAGUAAAGAACAAUUAGCAACAUUUACAGAGGAUCAUCCAGUUUUAUUAACGGAAGCUCCACUUAAUCCCAGAAAAAACCGCGAAAAGGCAGCUGAAUUUUUCUUCGAAGGUAUCAAUGUGCCCGCACUUUUUGUGUCAAUGCAAGCCGUUCUCAGUCUCUAUGCAACAGGUCGAGUAACAGGCGUAGUGCUUGACUCCGGCGAUGGUGUUACCCACGCAGUCCCUAUUUAUGAAGGAUUUGCGAUGCCGCAUAGUAUUAUGCGUGUAGACAUCGCAGGGCGAGAUGUAACACGCUAUCUUAAAACUCUUAUAAGAAAAGAAGGCUUUAACUUCCGAUCAACAGCAGAAUUCGAAAUUGUACGCUCUAUUAAGGAGAAACUAUGUUAUCUCGCGACUAAUCCCCAAAAAGAGGAAAGCGGGGAAACAGAGAAAAUUGCUUACACAUUGCCGGAUGGCAAAACUUUAGAGAUUGGACAGGCAAGGUUUAGAGCUCCAGAAGUGCUGUUUCGGCCAGACUUGCUUGGGGAAGAGUGUGAGGGCAUUCACGACGUGCUUGUGUAUGCCAUUGAAAAGUCGGAUAUGGAUCUCAGAAAAAUGUUGUAUCAAAAUAUCGUAUUGUCCGGUGGCUCAACACUAUUUAAGGGCUUUGGUGAUCGUCUAUUAUCGGAAUUAAGAAAAUACUCAGCAAAGGACUUAAAAAUUAGAAUUGCUGCACCACAAGAACGUCUAUACUCUACGUGGAUGGGAGGCUCAAUUUUAGCGUCGCUAGAUACUUUUAAGAAAAUGUGGAUAACGAAACGUGAAUAUGAGGAAGAAGGACAACGAGCCGUGCAUAGAAAAACUUUUUAAAAGAUUAAUCCAAUAACGUUUGUGUAUUCAUAACUGCAAGCCGACGGUAUAUAUUUAAAAAAUGAAAGACAGAUCCUUGUGUCGUAUAACCGCAGGUUGGGAACAAAAGGAAAUAUAUACUAUAUAUACUUGUACUGUGACAGCUAAGUAAAUUCAAAUAAUUUAAAAAUAAAGCUACAUUACUUGUAUGUGA